GUCUGCUCCGGUAGCCGGAUAAGAGGGUCAAAAGUACCCUUGAGCGCUGUUUGCGUGAUUCGAUAGUUUAUCAAAAAAGGAUCAUUCACUCCAAUUUUUCCUCAACCGGGGGGGGUUAGUGCUUGGGAAAAUUGGAAAAAUCAUUUUUUUUUUUAUUUAAUCCCGUGCGAGAAACCUAAAAAAAUUCUGACUGUAUUCUGUCAAAGGAACGUUUAUAGACCGGACGCUCGCAACACAAAGAAAGGAACAAUUUUUUACAGUCUGCCAUUGACAGGGGAAACAUUUACAGCCACAGGCUGUAGAUAGAUGUACUUAAAAAUCUUCGUUGCGUGUUAACGCAUACUUAACCAUCAACUUUAGUUAGCAAAAAAAAAGUAGUUUCUUGAAACAACUUUUUACAGUCUGCCAUUUAUUUGAACACAAGGCAAGAUUGCGCAAUCCACGAAAAACUUAUUGGCAGACGGUUUUCACCAGUACAAGAAUAAAGCAUACUUAUGUUAGUUAGCAAUUAAAUCGUGCAACUAAGAACAAUUUUUUACAGUCUGUCAAGCACAAUUUAGGCUAAUGUUAGCGUAAAGUUGGUGAAAUUUCACAAGACAGACUGUUUGCAGAUAUACAAAUGUGUUUCAGAUGCACUAGUGUAUUAACACAUUUUUUACAAUAACUCGGAACAAUUUUUCACAGUUUAAAAUGUAGCGUGUGGCCGGUUACGCGCCCCUGGACAGCCAGUAGAAGCGUCGAGUAUGCGUCAGACAUCGGUGCUUGUCGUUUCUAUCACUCGUUUUCCGGUGCAACAGAAAGAGAUACGUUUCAUUUGUUUAGGAAAAAGCAAUGAAACUCGAGAUUAUGAAAAAUUGUCUAAAAUGAAAAUAACGCUUUCUAUUGCGUGUAACAGAAUACGUGACUGAAUCUCUUUCAGAAGUUUGAUACCGUGCAUCGAAUCCUUCUUCCCCUUUUUAAUCCCACACACACUUUUAAUUGAUGAUCCGAUAUCUAUCGGUGGUCAUCGAAAAGAACGCUGCGAACGUGGUCCGAUUGUAACGAUAAGAACAGGAGAGCGAAAAGUUUCAAUCGAGGGAACGAUAGAUCGAUCGACCGAGCUCGCACCCUACCUUGAUGACCUAAAAAACAGCUCUUCACUCGGCAGAAUUGAUUCAUCAGGAUGACGGUGUCCGGAGGCUGAGGAUACUGUUCGAUCAAGGUCGCGUUCCGAACGGGUUCAUCCUUCGGAACCGUGUUUCCCUCGGGAGAGGCAUUCAAGGACAGACAGUGGGCGGGAAAACUGAAAAAGGGAACAUAGAUGCGCGCGUGUGUGUACGUUGUGUACGUGGUACGACGUAGAAGGAUUUACAAAUGUGACGUUCACCCGGUUCGAGCGUUGCAAGGGAAAGUGUCUGAGAAGGGACAAGCGAGAAGAAGAUGAAAGGCGGACAGAACAGCGAAGUGAAUCCGGAAGUGGCGGUGCGCGGCGACGGGGGCAAGCACGCGGUUCAUUGGUUUCGCAAAGGUCUCAGGCUUCAUGACAAUCCCUCGCUGAGAGAGGGCCUCGCCGGCGCGUCCACCUUCCGCUGUGUAUUCGUCCUCGAUCCGUGGUUCGCCGGUAGCACCAACGUCGGCAUCAACAAGUGGAGGUUUCUGUUGCAGUGCUUGGAGGACCUCGACUGUUCGCUGAGGAAACUAAACUCUAGACUGUUCGUGAUACGCGGCCAGCCGGCGGACGCGCUGCCGAAACUGUUCAAAGAAUGGGGCACUACGAACCUCACCUUCGAAGAGGAUCCCGAACCGUUCGGUCAUGUCCGGGACCUCAACAUCUCGGCACUGUGCAAAGAACUCGGUAUCUCGGUGGUCCAAAGGGUGUCGCAUACUCUCUACAAGCUGGACGAAAUUAUCGAGAGAAACGGAGGAAAGCCGCCGUUGACGUAUCAUCAGUUUCAAAACAUCGUCGCCAGCAUGGACACUCCGGAACCGCCGGUACCGACGGUCACGUCUGCCUGCGUAGGCUCGGCGUACACCCCUUUGAAAGAGGAUCACGACGAUCAUUAUGGCGUCCCGACGCUCGAAGAACUAGGCUUCGACACCGAGGGACUUCUGCCACCCGUGUGGGUCGGAGGCGAGAGCGAAGCACUGGCACGGUUGGAACGGCAUCUCGAGAGGAAGGCUUGGGUAGCCAGUUUCGGGAGACCGAAAAUGACCCCGCAAUCGUUGCUGCCCAGUCAGACCGGCCUCUCGCCUUACUUGCGAUUCGGAUGCCUGAGCACUCGACUGUUUUAUUAUCAAUUGACCGAUCUUUACAAGAAGAUUAAAAAAGCCGUACCUCCGCUCUCGUUGCACGGACAGCUUUUAUGGCGCGAGUUCUUCUACUGCGCCGCGACCAAGAAUCCGAAUUUCGAUAGAAUGCAAGGCAAUCCGAUUUGCGUGCAAAUUCCAUGGGACAAGAACGUCGAAGCACUUGCUAAGUGGGCGAACGGUCAGACAGGAUUUCCCUGGAUUGACGCGAUCAUGACUCAGCUCAGAGAAGAAGGUUGGAUACAUCAUCUAGCUAGACACGCUGUUGCCUGCUUUCUGACCAGGGGCGACCUUUGGAUCUCCUGGGAGGAGGGAAUGAAGGUGUUCGAUGAACUGCUGUUGGACGCCGACUGGUCGGUGAACGCAGGAAUGUGGAUGUGGCUGUCGUGCAGCUCUUUCUUCCAGCAGUUCUUUCAUUGCUACUGUCCGGUGAGGUUCGGCAGAAAAGCUGACCCGAACGGAGAUUACAUUAGACGGUAUCUGCCGGUUUUAAAAAACUUCCCUACGAGAUACAUUCACGAGCCGUGGAACGCACCGCUGAGCGUGCAGCGCACGGCGAAGUGCAUAGUCGGCAAGGACUACUCGUUACCGAUGGUGAAUCACAGCAAGAGUUCCAGGAUCAACAUCGAAAGAAUGAAACAAGUUUAUGAGCAGUUGAACAAGUACCGCGGAAACGGGACCUCCCUUAAAGGAGAAACCGUCGGUUUACUGAACGCGUUGCCGCCACCGUCGGCGACAGAGAACAAGGAGGAGAAGAAGAAGACGAAACAGUCUCCUCCGUCCCCGGAGAAUCAACCGAACAUGGAAGCGCUCGUUAAAACAGGUCAAUGUCGUCAACACUGAAACAGCUUCAUCUACGGCAAACGGACGAUCCGAGCAGGAACGAAAUCUCAACUUCAUAUCUUCUCUAUCUCCUUUAUUCGACUCAUACUCGUUUUAUUUAUUUGCUUUCUAUAAAAGUUCGACGUCGAAAUUGGAUCAUCGCGAACGCGUCAAUUGCCGCGGGUACUCAAUCCGUUUCGAACAGUUCCGAUCGUCCGUGACUCGAGGUCGCCGCAUCUACGCGUUGCGUGUGCAUCGAUCAUAUACGUCCGUUCCAAAGCGAGGAAGCAAUGAUGUCGCGAAUUUUUUAAUUCUCAUCGUUAAACACACAUUUGUCGUAAAUAAAUUUUUCAUGUAAAUCGA